AUGAGUGACGAAGACUUCCUCGAGCGACUUCACUCGCUUCGAGCGGACGCUCCUGACUAUGGCGAGACGUCGCGCGCUGAAAAUACUCAUGGUGAGUUUCUAAGGCGUCUCAAGGAUUGGGAAGCUCUAUCAAAAUUGGACGAAGGCACUGUCCUACAUAUCUGGCGCCGAUCUGAGCGAUGUGAGGACUGCGAGCUCUGUUCCUUCUUGGAGAGCGAGGUUGACAGGGUCGGUUUGUUCGGCGCUCAAGUCUGGCAAAUAUGGCGAUUUGCCCUGGCAUAUAGAGCUCUCAAGAACUGGAUCAAUCAGACAAUCUUUGAGCAAAAUUUGGCGAAAGAGCAUCACCACGACGAGGAUGACAGGGAUGCAGGAGAGCACAAGGACGAAGAAAGUAAGGAGAAUUGUCUCGUGUGCUCAUCCAACAGGACGACUUCGCUGAGCGAGAGACCCGAGGAUGUGGAGCCCGCGACAGCGUAUGAGUUUGCCAUGGAUGUGGUCUUUGAUAUGGAGAUCACACGGCGCUACCAUGCCUUCUCAGAGAUCAAGAAAAUCACGGAUCCCAUCUUGCUAAAAAGCGGAAAGGUACUGCAAGUCAUGGGGGGUUUCCUUGGCACCCAUACGAACUCCGAGUCGUGCUUGGCCUGUCAGAUUGUCGCCGGACAUGGACAGGAUCCAGAAGAACUCACAGCUCUCGGAUCGCCUUGCGACGACCUGAGCUUGCCCAGACGCAGAGAGCUGCUCCGAAAUCACAAAUUGCCGUUCGCGCCUCGGAGACUCUCCCAGCGCGAUGCUAUUCGAGAAGUGAGAAUUGGAAUGAUCCAUAAAGGAUCGUGGCAUGGCCUUAGCCUUGAAGAAUACAGGCGAAGUGCGAAGCAUGGACUGAUUCCACGGCGACGAAGACCUUCAAACUCCUUGGAUCCAGUUUCGACGGCUCCAGAUAUUUCAGAGAGCUUGGCUGUCGCAUCAGGGUCCAGUCGACGCAUACCCUCACCAAGAUUGCCAUCAACUAUUCAGGCCCCAGAACAGCUCGAGAAGGCUUACAGGCAACACGCAAAAGACAUGGACGCGUUCAUUCCGCAGUACGGGGAGCAUACCGGCUCAGCUCGCCCUGUCAAAGCGAAGUUUGACGUAGAUCUGCUCAACUACUGGUUGACUAGCUGUCAGGCGAGGCAUGGCGAUGUGUGCAGACGCAACGCUAAACAGAUCGCGCCGCAGGGUAUGAUUCUUUUGGACACCGAGGACAUGUGCCUGCGUCAUGUGGGAGAUGGAGUGCUCCCGAGCUACUUUGCCCUGAGCUACGUGUGGGGAGCCAUUCACCAACCAGUGCUUACGACGCACAACCUCGAGAGGUGGAAACAGCCUGGUUCCUUGAAGCGCAGAGAUAUACCAACGACAAUUCGUGACGCUAUCGCAAUUACCCAAGAGUCUGGCCUACGAUACCUGUGGGUGGAUGCGAUGUGUAUCGUGCAGAACGAUCCGGAGCUUCGCAGCAUCCAGAUCCAGCAGAUGUACCUCAUCUACAACCAGGCUGAGCUCACUAUUAUUGAUGGAAGUGGGAAUGACUGUAUGAACGGACUCUCUGGUGUCAGCCACCUAGAAGACAGAUGGGACAAGGAGUCAACAUACACCAUCGGCGACGUUACUCUGUCUCGCGUGCUUCAAGAGCCAAGAUACGGCCUAGAGGCGUCGCCGUGGAGAACUCGAGGCUGGACUUUUCAAGAAGAGCUAUGCUCGAGGCGAGCUGUGGUUUUCUUACCCAAUGUUGUUCUCUUCUCGUGUAUGAAGUCCUUGUGGAGGGAAGACAUCCGCCUUGAGGGUGAAAUUGGACCCAAACCAUCGGGUUACCUCAACUCACUUCCAGCCCCCACAGGCCAACUACUGUCACUCAGCGAGCGAAUCUCGGUAUUCAGGGACUUGGUCAAGCAAUUCAUCAAACGUGUGCUUACACGUAUUGAUGACAUUGAGAAUGCCUUCGCUGGCAUCGCCGGCAUGUUGGAGUAUGCAACUGGGCCUCUUUACCACGGCAUCCCGGAGAAGGACUUUGUCUAUGUCAUCGACGGCUGCUGGUUCUGGAACAUGGGUGUCCGACCACGCCUAGGUUUCUCGUCGUGGUCGUGGACUGGCUGGAUUUAUGCUGCGGAGCAGGCCGACACUGGAAUUGCGCCGCUGCCCAAUCUUGGCACCACGGUUGGUCUAAUUCAAUUUUACGUCCUCGAACAUGAAGCAGUGCGGUCCCUAUGGUCGGAAGGUUCACCUAAUCUACCUACCACAGAAGACCUCAGGGAUCAUUUCGAGCCUAACGAGGCUCAGGUGCAGCAUUGGUGGAGCGAACAUGGUGUCCAGGAAGUUCCUUCAAGAGGCCUGAUCGGCUUCUUCACCAGCCUACUGCACCUCCGUGUUCGCGCGCCGCGUGGCUUGGGCGCGGGCCAAUACCGAGAGUUCAGCGUGUGCAGUCCCAUCACUGGAGCUGUUCUCACCAGCUUGACUCUACCAGAGGACUUUCUUCGAGACAGAGACGCAUUGCAACCGUUUAUCGCCAUCGCUUAUUCAGCCGUGGAUCGGUCGUUCAGGAUCAUGCUAGUGGAAUUCAAUGAUGGAAUCUGCACCAAAGUAAACGUUACGGCUCCAAGGCGGAGAAUUCAUGAGGAAAUUUGGUGGAGUCUCGGACCCGAGAGAAGAUUGAUCAUUAUGAACUAG